AUGUCUCCGGCCGCAGAAGAAACGCCUUUACUGCCGCAAGUGAACCCGGAGUCGCCAAAGUCAACCAGGCCAUCCCGGUCGGUGACGUUUAACCCACUGACGACAAUCAGCACCUACGGCGGAACGACCUCCUCCGACCCGACCUUUCGCCCUCUGCAAGCAAGCUCUCCUCCGGUUCAGAAUAUCAAUGCCACCGGAGGUCCGACGAGGUCGGGCAGUCAGCCUAUGCUGUCGGCACUGAACAGUAAACUUCGACGUCGCAACAGCCAUGGCGCUCCCUUCACCACGCCGUCUCCACCCGCUUCCAAGAUCGGUCCGCAGCGAACGACGAAGAAUGCGCAAAAGCUCAAGCUCCUUCCAGACCCAAUCACCGCCGAAGAAGAGGAGAACUUGGAUGGUGACUUUCCGCGAGAUGUGUACUCGCAAAUAACCCGCAUCAAGGAGCCUGCUGCUCGCAGCCAUGCGGCUCGAUUGGGCAAAGCCGACCGCGACCGCAUCCCUCGGGUGACGGCAUACUGUACCGCCAACUCCUACCGACUGGAGGGAGUGGUGAAAUUUCUCAAGUCGCGCGCCAAAACGCGCGGAGCCAAUCCGAAGCUGUUCGACGAAUGUGUUUACUCCCCCUUCGACUACCAAUACGAGGAGAAGCAAAAAGGCACUACGCGGUUUUUCUCCAGCGCAGGGGGAAAUGGUCACCAUGAGCGACGAACCAGCGAGCGGAGGUACUCGGAUAGCGCUGUGGAGGUGGAAGACAAUACGAAAUCGCGGAGAGAAGAUCUCAUUGACUUUCGCGAAGACGCCGGCCACCCGGGUGAUGCCAAUUCUGAGCGUGCCGUUUCAACUCCCCAGUCUGACGAGCCGUUUGAUAUUGACACCACCAUCCACACCCCCGAGGUUUUCCUAUUUGAUUACGGUACGGUCGUCAUCUGGGGUAUGACACCGGCACAAGAAUCACGAUUCUUGUCUGACAUAUCGAAAUUUGCAUCCUCGAUUUUGAGCCCCGAUGACACCCAGAUCGAGAAUUUCAAUUUCUACUACGCGCGUGAAUACCAGGCCAGGAUAUACAAUGACUUUAUUUCUCUCCGGGAUCCCCGGAACCACAUGAUCAAAUUGGCCAUUUCACAUGCCUUGGCCCAAUCCGUCAAGACCUCACUUUUCGAAGACCUCUUAUCAGAAACCAUCGCCGACACAGCCCCUCUACCGGCGCAAAUUGCACAGACUGGUAGUGUCAACUUGACACGGAAACAGAUCAACAUGCAGAUUGGUGAGCUGUUUAUCCUGAGAAUCAAUAUUCAUUUGCAGGGCUCUGUCCUCGACAGCCCAGAGCUUUUCUGGGCGGAGCCGCAAUUGGAGCCAGUCUAUCAAGCAGUACGAAGCUACUUGGAAAUGGAUCAGCGGGUCAGCCUGUUGACAGAGCGGUUGGAUGUCAUUGCCGACCUUUUGGCGGUGCUCAAGGACCAACUGACCCAUCGUCACGGAGAGUAUCUUGAGUGGAUUGGUAAGUCAAUCGGGCAACAGCCGGAUCGUGAAAAAGUGGAGACGGUGCAGGCUAACGUGUCGGGUGUAGUGAUUGUUCUGAUUGGUGCAGAAAUCUUGGUUGCAGCCAUCAAUAUUGUCGUCGACUUGUACGCUGGGGUGGAUUGA